GUUCCGUGCUGUGCGAGGUUCUCGUACAUUUUCAAUUGCAGUUAUCAUUUCGCACACUGAUCCAUUUGAGAGAAGCUCGCUCCCUACUGUUCGCGUAACCCCUUGUUUCGCCUGCGGAAGUUCGAAACGAAAUAGUUCAUGCACGGUGUAUAUUAUUACAGGAAGUGUUUAUAAGAGCGUGUAUGAGGUGCCUGGUAUUUCGUCGAGUGCUUUGUGCUUUCGGGAUAAACUUCACGCGUGACUACGGAUAGAAGAUCAUGUUGACGAGAAACUACUGCUGUUUUCUUGCGUCAUUAUUGCUUCUCUUUGGAUGUAUCCAAGAAUCUUGGCAGCUGAUUAUCAAACGCAUCAACAUACCGGCUAUUGUAAAAGUUCAUGAUACCGAUUACAUUAUCCUUGAUUGCGACUACGACCUUGAAAAUACAUCCAGUAAGGGUCUCGUCGUCAAAUGGUUUUUUAAUACCAAUCAAGUUAUCUACCAAUGGAUUUACGGCAGAUCUCCUUUGGCGGACGAACCUGCUGCAAAAUACGUCGAUCUAACGUAUAAGGCUAGCAAUGAUCCACACACUGAGUACCGAGCCAUAAAAUUGAAUAGGCCAGGUGUCGAUCUUACUGGCGAAUAUACAUGCGUUAUAUCUACCUUUGCAGAUGAACGAAUGGCAAACGCUUCAAUGAUAGUGUAUUCUACAGAGGAAAAAUUCGAACUUGUGUAUAGAAAAAUGAUUAUAGAUGAUAAAAAUGGAGUUGAAAUAAUAUGUAUCGCUGAAGGACUUUAUCCUCAACCGACUUUAAAUAUUUCCGUCGAAAGUAUUCCGAAGAGGCAAAUUGAAAAUCCCACCAUAAAACUACGUGACGAUGGGCUAUAUAAUAUCCUACUGAGUAUCAUCCUAUUGGAUGAAGGUUUACCGGAAACAACGAUUGUUAAAUGUUUGCUCAGCAUAUCUAAAGCUUUAUACAACGUUUCACGCAAGACUGUCUAUUAUACUGGAACAUUUACUACUACAUCAACUACAACAACGAAGUUACACCGUAAAAUGGAAAUCCAGACCUUAAGCAAAUCUAAAUCUAAUAAUGAUGAUGGUAGUUCUGCUGGCUACGUGUCAAUUAAUCUUCCAUUGUUAUCAAUACAAUUUGCAGUUCUCGGUAUAUUUCAUUAAUAAUUUAUAACAGGCUAUGUCAUUAUCCUGAACAAGAAGCGAAUGGCAUCUGUCUCUAUCUCUUUCUCUCUCGCUCUCUUGAAGAAAAUCUCCGGCUCCACAUUAAAUACCUCAUAUAUUUAUAAACAUUUC